GUGACGUCACGGUCUCGCGAGAUGAGAUGUGAACUAGAUUAUCUGUCCGGAAUGAAUGAAGGAACUGAAUGAUCGCGGCGCUGCGGGACUUUUAAGCAAUAUUGGGCGCUAUGUGUUAGUCUAAUAGUAUUGUGACAGUCCGACGAGUCAUGAACCUUGUGCGGGUUAUAUGUCGUCAUAAGACGGCGCUGGGCCUGGGAGCUGUGUCAGUGUUCCUGGUGGUGCUGCUGUACCUGGCCAAGUGCACGUCGGAGAGUCUAAAGCCGGCGAGUCCCCGGGCUCUGCCAUACCAACAGGCAAGUCACCGGCAGCAGCAGCACGGCGCAGAAAAGAGUGUCUCUGCCUUCCUUGUCGUGCUCAUAGCCAGCGGCCCGAAGUAUUCGGAGAGGCGGAGUAUCAUCCGCAGCACCUGGUUGUCCGGCGUCAAGUCGCGGGCAGAGCACGGAGAUGUAUGGGCUCGUUUUGUGAUCGGCACCGAGGGCCUGGGCGAGGAGGAUUCGGCUGCGUUGGAGAUGGAGCAGCGGCGACACGGGGAUUUACUGCUGCUCUCCGACCUCCGAGACUCGUACGAGAACCUGACGGCCAAGCUGCUGCGGAUGUACGUGUGGCUGGAGCACAACGUGGACUACAAGUUCGUCCUGAAGGCUGAUGAUGACACGUUCGCCCGUCUCGACUUGUUGCUGGAGGAACUGCGGCCCAAGGAAGCGCAUCGGCUCUACUGGGGCUUCUUCUCCGGCCGGGGCAGAGUCAAAUCAGCGGGGAAGUGGAAGGAGAGCGGCUGGCUGCUGUGCGAUUCCUAUCUGCCCUAUGCGCUGGGAGGCGGCUACGUGCUCUCCUGGGAUCUGGUGCAAUAUCUCAGCCUCACUCAGCACUUCCUGGCACAUUGGCUCAGCGAGGACGUGUCCCUGGGGGCGUGGCUAGCACCUGUGGCGCUAAACAGACUGCACGACCCUCGCUUUGAUACCGAGUACAAGUCCCGCGGCUGUAACAACAAGUAUCUCGUGACGCACAAGCAGAGCAUCGAGGACAUGUUAGAGAAGCAUCAGACCUUGGCUAAGGAAGGGAGACUGUGCAAGGAAGAGAUCAAACUCCGCCUCUCCUAUAUCUAUGACUGGGCCGUGCCCCCAUCCCAGUGCUGCCAGAGGAAGGAUGGAAUUCCCUGACUCAUCCCUUUUAUUUUUUUAUUACUUUUAUCUCUGGCAAAUGAUGCUGCACAGGGAU